AUGGUGAUUAUCACCGGGCCACCGGAGGCCCAGUUCAAGGCUCAGGGAAGAAUUUAUGGGAAAAUUAAAGAAGAAAACUUUGUUAGUCCUAAAGAAGAGGUGAAACUUGAAGCUCAUAUCAGAGUGCCAUCCUUUGCUGCUGGCAGAGUUAUUGGAAAAGGAGGCAAAACGGUGAACGAGCUCCAGAAUUUAUCUAGCGCUGAAGUUGUUGUCCCUCGUGACCAGACGCCUGAUGAGAAUGAUCAAGUGGUGGUCAAAAUAACUGGGCACUUCUAUGCUUGCCAGGUUGCCCAGAGGAAAAUUCAGGAAAUUCUGUCUCAGGUAAAGCAGCACCAACAGCAGAGAGCUCUGCAAAGUGGACCACCGCAGUCAAGACGGAAGUAA